CCGUGUAGCGGUGUGAAUCUGUCAGUGUAUUGCGUAUUAAUGAAGCUUUGAAUGGAUAUUUAAUAUCGAUCACACUGAACGGAUCGCAAUACAUCUCUAUAGGUCCCGUUAUUUGUCGUAGUCAUGCUGCUCGCUGUGUGCUCGCGGAGGCCACUGCUCGAUGCCCAUCUGAUCAGGCUCAGCGUCCGCGGGCUGUUCAGUGAAUCGGGGGUUUGGGAGCGCGACUAUAAGGCGGAGACGCGGCGUCGGGUGGAGCAGUGGUGGCACGGCCGCAUACAGGAACAGUGGCAGAGAGAUGCAGCAGAUCAGAGCUCCCGGAAGAAGUUCUACGUCCUCUCCAUGUUCCCGUACCCAUCGGGUCGGCUGCACAUGGGCCACGUGAGGGUUUACACCAUUAGCGACACCAUCAGCCAUUUCCAGAGGAUGAGGGGCCAUCAGGUGUUGAACCCGAUGGGCUGGGAUGCGUUUGGUCUGCCGGCUGAGAACGCCGCCAUCGAACGAGGCCUGGACCCAGAGGACUGGACCAAAAGUAAUAUUGAGUCCAUGCGGAAGCAGCUGGACAGUCUGGGGCUCUGCUUUAAUUGGGAUCGGCCUCUUCUGGAUGCUUUGGCAGAUCUCCCCGAAUGGUAUGGAGUCAAAAGUAUGCAGGCCAACUGGAUUGGCGACUGCUCAGGCUGCUUUUUCAACCACAUAAUGAAGGUGGAUGGUCGUGACUCAGGUGAGGUGUUGGCUGCAUACACCGGUUCUCCAGAGGCUGUGUUCGGAGCGGCCUAUGUCUCAGUCCUGCCCUCCCACCGGCUGUUGCACGGCUCCAGUGCCCUCAAAACGGCUCUGCUCAGAGCCCUGAGACCCGGCAGAGACAGCCUGACUGAGGUCACAGCCCUCAACGUGUUCACCGGCCGCGAGGUUCCAGUGGUGAUUUCCAGCAAGAAGGAGUUCGACGGACAUCUGGACACUGUAAUGGGCAUCCCAGAUAGCAGUGAGGAGGAAGCAGAGUUGGCUCAGUCUCUGGGUUUGAGCUGGAUUUCUGUUCUGAAGACAGAACAAGACGGAACACAGACUCUAAUAAACUCAGAUGAGUUCACAGGUCAAAGCCGGGCAGAAGCUUUUAACUCUGUUACCCAGAAAGCCCGGGAGAGGAAUGCUGGUGGAUACCUCACUAGUGCCAAGUUACGUGAUUGGCUAAUCUCGAGGCAGCGCUACUGGGGCACACCCAUUCCCAUAGUGCACUGCAGCGCAUGCGGGCCUGUGCCAGUUCCAGUGGAGGAGCUGCCAGUCACGUUACCUAAAGUAUCGUCCCUCUCAGGGAAAGGGGCGUCGCCCUUAAAGACGGCACAGGAUUGGCUGAGAUGCCAGUGUCCGAGGUGUAAAGGGCCGGCGGAGAGAGAAACAGACACCAUGGACACCUUUGUGGAUUCCUCCUGGUACUAUUUCAGAUACACUGACCCUCAGAACCCGCUGAGGCCUUUCGAGCACUCGAGAGCGGAUCACUGGAUGCCUGUGGAUGUUUAUAUCGGAGGGAAGGAGCAUGCCGUCAUGCACCUGUACUACGCACGCUUCCUCAGCCACUUCUGCAGAGACCAGGGCAUGGUUUCACACAGGGAGCCCUUCAGAAAGCUGUUGGUCCAGGGUCUGAUAAAGGGGCAGACGUUCAGGGUGGCAGAGACCGGCCAGUACCUCACGAAAGAGGACAUCGACUUCUCAGGUCCGGAGCCCAUUCAGAGGGACAGUGGCAGCCGACUGCAGGUCACAUGGGAGAAGAUGAGUAAAUCCAAACAGAACGGGCUGGACCCGCAGGAGGUGCUGCAGCAGUACGGCCUCGACACCAUGCGCCUCUACCUCCUGUACGCCGCUCCACCCGAGCAGGACAUCUUAUGGGACGUCAAGACUGAUGCCAUCCCAGGCGUGUUGCGAUGGCAGGCCCGUCUGUGGGGUUUGAUCACCAAACUGAGAGCUGCACGCGAGGGUCCAGAGACGCCCAACCCGUCCGUCCUCAACAAGAGAGAACGAUCAGAGGCCAGGAAGAUCUGGGAGAACAAGAACUACGCCAUCACACAGGUCACAGGUCACUUCACAGAGGACUUCCUGUUUAAUGCGGCCAUCUCUCGGCUCAUGGGCCUGACCAACACACUCUCACAAGCCUCGUCUCGAGUGGUUCUGCACAGCGUGGAGUUUGAGGAGGCUUUGGCAUCGCUCUGUGUGAUGGCGGCACCCAUGUGUCCACACUUAGCUUCUGAACUCUGGGCAGGUUUGUCUCAGGUGAGGAAUCCUCUAGGAAGUGUGCUGUUGGGGAAGGGAAGUGUCCUUCAGCAGCCGUGGCCCAGUGUGGACCCAGAGUACCUACAAACACCCGACACACUCCAGCUGUCCGUACGGAUCAAUAAUAAGGCGUGUGGGAGUGUAUCUGUACCUCGUGAAGUGGCUCAGGACGCACAGAAGGUUCAGGAGCUAGUGCUGAACAGCUCUCUGGGUGCCCGUCUGCUCUCUGAGCGGGUCAUUAAGAAGGCCAUCCUCUCGCCCAGAACGGCCCUCAUCAACUUUCUGGUGGACGAAUGACGUGAUGGGCCUUACUGGACUUCCAGAAUGGACCGUGCGUGAAAUAUCCAAAGAGCCACAUCACUGAAGGAUUUUUGAAAAGUGAACAAAUAAGGACAUGGUGUACUGAGUAACUUUUCAGUUUUACUAGAUGUUCUUGUCGAGUUGAAAAUGAAAACGGCUUUGCUCUUUGUUGCUAAAUAAAGAGGAUUUUAGGCGAUUUUCAGGUUAAUAGGAUACAUGUUUUGCCCUCGUCGUCACAGACUCUAGGCUGGUCUGGCAGUGUUAGUGUUUGGUAGCGAGCUAUUUCUGAAUGGCCAGUUUUAGCCUGACAUCACAACACCUCGAACAGACCUGCACUGCCUGAAAUGGAGAUGUGGAGAUCAUGCUGUGCUUUCAGA